AUGAGAAAAAAACUCAAGAGGAAAACUCAAAGAAAUCCAAUCGACCAGAGAAACCCUUUCACGUCUGAGGUGUUCAACUGUCGUAACUGUGGAACUAAACACAAAAGGAAAGAAUGUCCUGCAUAUGGGAAAACAUGUCAUCGCUGUCAUAAAUCGAAUCAUUUCAAAGCUAUGUGCAGAUCUAUCAAGAAUGUCAAUGCUGUAGAGCGACAAGAAGAUUCAUACCUUGAAGAAACACUGUUUGUAGGAGCAGUGACGUCAGAAGUUUAA